AGGUGUUUUUAUAAGUCCAGAGUGAAACUACACUAUCUGUAUUUGUACAUGAGAAAAGAGUUCAAGAAAGCUUUUUGAAAACAUUAUUUUUUGCAACUGCAUGUGAUGCUAAAUACACCCUAGUAGUUACAGAGUAAACAGAUCUUGUCUUCACCUAUUGGUCUCAGAUCAGUUCCGUUUCCUUGCAUCAUUCUUAUCAGUGUAAUAACAGAAGACAGAGAAGAACAAAGAAAGACACAGGAAGAACUUUUAUCUUUAGUACAUAUUCACUGUGUUAAGAGUGUAGAAGAGCUGCAAUGUCUGAUGAUAUUUAUCACAAUGUGCUCAAUACUGAGAUUCAGGGAACAGACAGAGUGGAGAUGAUGGUGGACAUCUAUGAGAGUGGAGAUGACUUACGGACACAGACAGACUCCAAUACAAACAAACAACAAUCACUUCAGUCUACAGGAAGUGAGCGUGUGAGGAAGAGAAGUUACAGAUCAGUUGCAGUGUGUUUGGUGCUGCUGUGUGUUCUUCUACUGACUGCAGUCAUAGUGCUGUGUGUCCUCAUCAAAAACUUUACUAAAGAGAGAGACCAGCUACAAACCAAAUACACCAACAUCACAAAAGAGAGAGAUGAAUUAUUAGCCAAGUACAAUAAUAUCACUAAACUAGGUGAACAAUGGAUUCAGAAGAUAAAUAAACUGUGGACAGAUGGACAGAUUUACUAUCAAUUCAGUUUGUACUACAUUUCAUCUGAGCUGAAGAGCUGGACUGAGAGCAGAAGAUACUGUAUAGAGAGAGGAGCAGAUCUGAUCAUCAUUAACAACAAAGAGGAACAAAAUUUUAUUCAGAAGAUUAUUGGUGCGGACGGACACUGGAUUGGUUUGUCUGACAGUGAUGAGGAGGGCAAAUGGAAAUGGGUUGAUAACAGCACACUGAGCUAUAGGUAAGAAAUCACUAAAUUUAACUGAUUAUUAUCCAAUAAAUGAUUCUCACAGUCAGUAUCAUAUCACACAGAAAACAACACUGAAGAUCUAAUGAUGAUCUGUUG